GGAAUGGCCACGUGGGACAGGCCAAGCCGGAGGCUGGCUCAGAUGUCUCAGGUGCCAGCUUCAGAGGGGGAGCCACACCUGCCCACAGGCCGGGAGCUGGCUGAGGCCAACCGCUUUGCCUAUGCCGCCCUCUGUGGCGUCUCCCUGUCCCAGCUAUUUCCGGAGCCUGAGCAAAGCUCCUUCUGCACAGAGUUUGUGACGGGCCUGGUGAAGUGGCUGCAGUUGUCUGAAGCCGUCUUGCCAACCAUGACUGCUUUUGCCAGUGGCCUGGGAGGAGAAGGAGCAGACGUGUUUGCUCAGAUUUUGUUGAAGGACCCCAUUUUGAAGGAUGACCCAUCAGUGAUCACUCAGGACCUUCUGAGCUUCUCACUCAAGAAUGGGCGCUAUGAUGCCCGGGCCAGAGUCCUCAUAUGCCACAUGACCUCCCUGCUCCAAGUGCCUUUGGAAGAGCUGGAUUUCCUUGAAGAGACAUUCGUUGAGAGCCUGAAGGAAACCAAAGAGGAGGAAUCUGAAAUGGCUGAGGCAUCCCGGAAGAAGAAAGAAAACAGGAGGAAAUGGAAGCGCUAUCUCCUGAUAGGCCUGGCGACUGUCGGAGGCGGAACAGUGAUCGGUGUGACUGGGGGCCUUGCUGCCCCCCUUGUUGCUGCUGGAGCUGCAACAAUCAUUGGCAGUGCUGGGGCGGCAGCCCUUGGCUCAACAGCCGGCAUAGCUGUCAUGACCUCACUGUUCAGUGCAGCUGGAGCUGGCCUGACAGGAUACAAGAUGAAGAAGCGUGUGGGAGCCAUCGAAGAAUUUGAGUUCCUGCCGCUGACGGAGGGCAGGCAGCUGCACAUCACUGUCGCCAUCACGGGGUGGCUCGCGUCGGGGAAAUACCGCACCUUCAGCGCCCCAUGGGUUGCUCUGGCCCGUAGCCGUGAACAGUACUGCCUGGCCUGGGAGGCCAAGUACCUGAUGGAGCUCGGCAACGCCCUGGAGACCAUCCUCAGUGGUCUUGCCAACAUGGUAGCACAGGAGGCCUUAAAGUACACAGCAUUGUCUGGCCUUGUGGCUGCCCUGACCUGGCCAGCCUCACUCCUUGCUGUCGCCAACGUCAUUGACAACCCCUGGGGUGUAUGUCUCCAUCGAUCAGCAGAGGUUGGCAAGCACCUGGCCCACAUCCUGCUCUCCCGGCAGCAGGGCCAGCGACCUGUCACCCUGAUUGGCUUCAGCCUGGGAGCCAGAGUCAUCUACUUCUGUCUGCAAGAGAUGGCUCAGGAGAAAGAUUGCCAAGGGAUCAUCGAGGACGUCGUCCUGCUGGGUGCACCCGUGGAAGGAGAUGCCAAGCACUGGGAGUCUUUCCAGAAGGUGGUGUCCGGGAGGAUCAUCAAUGGCUACUGCAGGGGAGACUGGCUGCUGAGCUUCGUGUACCGUACGUCCUCCGUGCAGCUCCAUGUCGCCGGCCUGCAGCCCGUGCUGCUACAGGACAGGAGGGUGGAGAACGUGGACCUGUCCUCAGUGGCAGCAGCCGCCCCCUCAUCAGAUGAGACCACCCCCCAGCCUGAUCCAACCCAGGGCCCCACACCUGGAGAUACCUCCAAAGUGGCCAUGGCCACUGACUCCAGCAAGACUCAGGUGCCAGCAGGGCCAGACCAACCUGAAGGGGCCUCCCUUCCCACUGCCACCAACUCCGCUGAGAGCCCCUGUGUCUGCAGCCACGGCAUGGACCCCAACCCGCUGGGCUGCCCUGACUGUGCCCACAAGACCCAGGGGCCCUGCCCAGGGCUGGACUGACUCCAGUGGGGUUCCUGCACCGUCCUCCCAGAUGGCGGUGUGCAGCUCUCUCUUCCAUACUCAGGGUCCUCACAGGAGCUCUGAAAAUGUCUGUGGAUUUCUACAAAUGUCUCUCCUAAGUUGAAGGAAUUGGAAUUGAAAGGAAAAGGAAGGGGAAUUGGGGGGAGAAAACACUCCCCGAGGGAGCGAGGUCACCAAGACCUGCAGAGCUCACCAAGUGUAGUUUAGAGCCCGGGGUCUCCAAACCCACUGUGGGCUUCCUGAAUUUCCUGUCACAGCUGCAGGGGCUGAAAGUUCGUCAGAAGGUCCAGAGAACUGUCUGGAGCCUGAGGCUCCCCUGCUGCCUCUCCCCUGGCCUCAGCAAAGCUUGGUGUAUGCCUUCCUUCAGUCCACUCCCCAGGGCUCCCUACCAGCCCACAGACACCAUCAACUGGUACAGGUGCCAAGGGGACAACUUAUUCCUUCUGCUCUUAGGAGAUCCGAACAGGUCUUCCCCAGACGGGGAUGCAGGCUGUGCACUGCACAACUCCAGGGCAUCAGUCAUGUAGACACAUGGGCAUGGCAUCCCGCUUGUGCAAUAUGGUGGCCCUGGCUACGACUGUCACAGAGUAUGGCGACUAAAUGCUGAAUCAGCACUCUGCAUGGCUGGGAACUGGGCCUGCUGACGAACAAGAAUUACCCAGGGAAAGGAUUUCUUGUAGCAGAAACGGGCGAUAACAAUAAAUUAUAAUAAUGGUGA